AUGUCUUCAUCUGGACAAUCACUGCAGCUCUUCACGGUUGACCUAAAGCACGGCUGGCAAUUCAAGCAGACUAACGACGACUCCAAAAAUGCUUGGCUGCCUGUGAAGCAGGUCCCUUCCACCGUCCAUCAGGAUCUCAUUGACAAUAAGAAACUUGACGAUCCUUUCGUCGGCUUCAAUGAGAUCAAGGCAGAAUGGGUCGGCACCACAGCAUGGACGUAUCAAACUGAAUUCACCAGUCCUCAAGUACCCUCAGGUUCGGUGGCAGUACUCGCUUUUGAUGGCCUCGACACCUUUGCUCAUGUCAAGUUAAACGGCCUGACUAUUCUCAAGGCCGAUAACAUGUUCUUCCCAUACAGAGUCGACAUUACAAAGGCACUAGCUCGCGCCGACAAGCAUACUCUGGAGAUUGAAUUCGAGUCAGCAAUCUUGAAGGGCCAAGAAAUCAAGAAGCAGCACCCCGAGCAUAAGUGGGUGGGCUUCAAUGGCGACAUGGGUCGACUUGCUGUUCGUAAAGCACAGUAUCACUGGGGCUGGGAUUGGGGCCCAAUCCUCAACUGUGCUGGGAUAUGGAGACCGGCUCGUAUCGAGGUCUACCAGUCACGAAUCUCGGAUCUGCGUACUGAUGUGGUCAUCGCAGAUGAUUACAAGUCUGCUACUGUGCAUGUCUCCGCAAGCAUCGAGUCUCACUCCAAGGAUGGGUUGACUGCGGAGUUUAUUGUUCGAUCGGCCUCGCAGGUGGUAGCAAGGUCUGAGGUGGAGGUCGCAACCAGCCGUUCUACAACAGCCGAGUUGCGGAUCGCGAAUCCAGAAUUAUGGAUGCCAAAUGGCUAUGGAAACCAGACGUUCUAUCAUGUCGACAUCUCGCUAAAAUCCGGUGCUGCUACUCUCCACAAAGACACCAGGAGACUUGGUAUCCGAAAGGUUGAAUUGGUUCAGCAAGCCGAUAAGCAUGGCAAAUCCUUCUUCUUCCGGAUCAACGGCGUCGACAUCUUCUGUGGAGGUUCAUGCUGGAUACCAGCAGAUAGCUUUCUCACCAAUAUCAAGCCGGAGAGAUACCGAUCUUGGAUUGAGUUGAUGGUACCGGCGAAUCAGAAAAUGAUCAGAGUCUGGGGUGGCGGCAUCUAUGAAGACGACGCCUUCUAUGAUGCAUGUGACGAGCUGGGUAUCCUGGUAUGGCAAGACUUUAUGUUUGGCUGUGGCAACUAUCCCUGCUACCCCGCCAUGUUGGACUCGGUCAAGGCCGAAGCGAUUGCGAAUGUCAAAAGACUGCGACAUCACCCAUGUAUGGCGAUAUUUGCCGGCAACAAUGAGGACUAUCAGGUGCAAGAAGCGUGCAAUCUCGAUUACGACUACGAAGACAAAAAUCACGACAACUGGCUAAAGUCCAACUUUCCCGCCCGCUACAUCUACGAGUCAUUGCUGCCAAAGGUUAUGUCAAGCGAGGCACCAGCCAUCCCCUAUCAUCCUGGAUCGCCGUGGGGCGACGGCAAGAGAUCGUCGGACCCCACGGUCGGCGACAUUCACCAGUGGAAUGUAUGGCACGGGACGCAGGAGAAGUACCAAAUCUUUGAUUCACUGGGCGGACGGUUCAACUCCGAGUUUGGUAUGGAAGCGUUUCCCCACAUCGACACGAUCAAGACGUUUGUGGAGAAGGAAGAGGACCUGUUCCCGCAAUCACAUGUUUUGGACUUCCACAACAAAGCCGACGGGCACGAGCGACGCAUCGCGACUUACCUGGUCGAGAACGUGCGGAGCAACCCCGAACUCAAAGCUUAUAUCCACCUCACCCAGCUCAUCCAAUGUGAAGCACUGAUGUUUGGGUACCGAGGCUGGCGGCGACAGUGGGGCGACGAUCGACGGUGUGGUGGUGCAUUGGUGUGGCAGUUGGACGAUUGCUGGCCAGUGACGAGUUGGGCGAUCGUCGACUAUUACCUGAGACGCAAACCUGCCUAUUACGCCAUGGCGAGGGUAUUGGCGCCGGUCGCGGUGGGGAUUCGACGUCAGCAUCAUGAUUGGAGCGUGACUCACGCCCGUGAGCCAAAGACCCAAGAGUGGGAGCUGUGGGCGGUCAGCUCCAAGCUGGACCAAGUGAGUGCCGAUCUCGAGGUCAGAUUCAUCUCGGUCAAGACGGGCAAAGAGAUCAAGGAAAAGAUUGUCCAGAAAGGCGUCAAGCUCACAGCCAACGGGAGCACAGACGUGGCGCGGGGCCAAGUGGAUAAUGUCAGCGAGGAGCCACACGUGCUGGCGGCUCGCUUGUGGAUCGGCGGCAAGCUGGUGGCGCGAGAUACGGACUGGCCUCAGCCGCUGAAAUAUCUCGCUUUUCCUGAGCGAAACGUCCGGGUCACGGUUCAGAGCCAGGGCCAAGGCAGCGAGAUGCACGUCAGUGUGGACCGGCCGGUUAAAUGCCUCGUGUUUGAGGAGCGAGAAGGCUGCCACCUCAGCGACAGCGCUAUUGAUGUGGUGCCUGGCGAUGAUCAGGUCAUUACAGCGCGGGGCGUGCGAGAGGGAGACAAGGCCCUGGGGUGGACCUAUCUGGGGGCCGGAGAGCAGUAG